GACGAACUCGGGGAAAACCCUCGCAUCAUACACAGGUUUUUAGGACAGAUACAUCCUGAUUCAAUCUCCGUCAACACAGUCUAGUAUGAAGCUGAACUCAGCUCGCCCGAUUAUGGUGACGCAUUUUUUCAUAUUGCUGCUUAACCUUUGGCAAGUCCUAGAUGUUAAUGGUAAAGUGAGACUACAGAGGAAUAGUCCUACACGUGAGGGAGCAAUAGAGAUAUACCACCAAAGCCAACAAACAUGGAAUCCUUUAUGUGGAGACUGCUGGUCAAAUAAAUCUGCUAACGUGGCCUGCAGGGAGCUCGGAUUUAGUGGUGGUGUGCGGCAAAGUGUGUCUAUACUUGAACACGGGACAGGUAUUCUAACUGAUUCUUAUUAUUGCCCCACUGGAAAUGAAGCCAACCUUUCGUCUUGCCAGUACAGACCAUGCAGCCCAUGUACAGAGGUGGCAGGUGUUCUUUGUGCAGGUGCAGUGAGACUUGUUGACGUCAGUCUACCGGAUAACAUCAAAUUAGUAUCGGUUUUUUUAGAAGAUGUAACUUACGGUUUUAAAUGGAACUUUCUGUGUGGGGAAUGCUGGACUUCUAGAAAUGCAAAGACUGUCUGUAAACAAUUUGGUUACAGUAGUGGCGUAACUAAACUUGAGACCUCAGGGGAAGGAUACGUGUGGGAGAGGCAUUAUUACUGCACCGGAAGCGAGUCUGAGCUUGAACUUUGCAAACUGACAAAUUUAUUGUGUCCGGCUUGCCAACGUUUUGCUGCUGUUCAAUGUGCUGUUGACGGAAGUUGGAGUGAAUGGGGUUCGUUUGGGCGUUGUUCAGUGACGUGCGGGGAGGGAUACUGGGUCAGGAAAAGGUCGUGUGACAACCCUGCGCCACAAUAUGGUGGUCUGGCAUGCGAUGGUGAUGACGAAAAUCUCCAACCAUGUACAGUCAGACAAUGUCCAGGAAUAUGGAACGAAAGCUGUUCGACAGAUUUCGAUUGCGCUGCUAGCUUGUUAUGCAAAGAGUCUGGAACCUGUGGUUGUAUGCACGAAACAGACGUUUGGGACCAAGCUUAUUUGAAAUGUCAAUCAAGUUUGGAGUUCCGUGCGAUAUAUUCACAAGACAAAAUGGACUUUGCCUCGGCGACCGAGUUCUGCAGUCUCAAUAUGACGGGAUUCCUGGCUACUCCUGACUACAUGAGUAUCAUGUUCAUCGCAUGCAUGGGCACUAGCAAUGUGAUAUGGCUAGCCGAAAAUAUGACGACAGCGAAUACAAACUUCGGAGACAAUCAGAUGGAAGUGUGUUGGACAGGCCGAGUGGAUCAGGCCUCCGAAAUAUUAAUGACAGAAGUAAGCUGUAGAGAAGUCCAAGAUUUUGUUUGUGUAGUCAACCGAACACACCUGUCUUCAGACUCCAAUGAACCUGAUGAACCUGCCUGUGUCGGGUUUAUCAGCAACCAAAUAAAGACGAACAACGAUGACAUAGCUAUAGGUACAGUUGUUGCUGUGGUAGCUGCAUGUGCAGUAGUGAUAAUAGCCGCAACGGUCACAAUCCUUGUCGCAAGAAAUCGCUAUUCCAAAGGCAAAGCGAGAGGUGGUUCUAAGCCUGAGACACUGCAGGUUGACUACAAUAACGAGGCUCCCAUUGCCACAAUCGGAGGAGUGCCCGACACGGACCAUAAUUCACAAAGUGUCAAUGCUCCAUCAGUAGACAUUGAUGAUUAUGGCUACGGGGUCCUAGGUAAGCCUUCGCGGCCCAGCGUAGGAAUGGGUGACGAUGACUUGUAUUCUCACACAAAGUCAGAACAGCCUCUCGACGGUGAAUAUGAUGUCUUUGUGAAAAGAAAAGAAAACCUGGACGAGUCUGGUAUAUAUGACCACACUGGAAACGGUAUGACGCAAGGAGAGUAUGAUGUUUUCCAAGGACGAAAAUCGUCGUAUGUGGAAAACGAUGAUUCACUUUACAUUCUGGACACAAACGAGUUACCCUAACACACGUUUCUCCUUCUUGAUCCCUAGCGGACAGUGUUUUUAGUCCGUCCAUCCUCUAUCUUACAAUUUCGGACAGUAGCCCGCUGCAUAUAUACUUGUACGAAGAUAGAGUGUAUGUAGGUCUUUCAAUGAGUGUUAAAUUGGUAACUCAGCGGAAUAUCUUUCCUACAUUUGUAGAUCUUAAAAUUGAAUAGUCUUAAAAGUUCCGAAAUAAGCAAGAAAAUACAUAUUUUAUAAGGUUAGAUAACUCUCGAGAAUACUUUUCCAUGCAUGCUGGAAUGUUUCCCUAGAUGAAUCUGGAAACACUUUUCCGUUUUAGAACAUUAAUACCUUCUGUUUGUCCUUCCUCUCCGUCCAUCAAUUGUUUUACAUAUAUGUGGAUUUUCUCUCAUUACGGUGGACGGAUAUAAUCUAUAGAUACAUGUAUUUAGGUAAGGUUUAUAUAUGUCUGGGAUCUAUUAUCGUUGUGACUGCUUAAAGGAAGAUAGUAACUUUGUAGCUUAUUGAUUUUACCUUACUUUUCUUUUUUUCUAAGACUUAUGUCAUCUAGUGUUAAUACGUGACAGGGCCAAACUGAUAGAAGGUAAUAACACUAUGACAUUAUGACUAUAUCAAUACAAUAUGUAGUUACUUCAAUGUCGGGCAUCAAGUAAACUAUGGAGUCACCCCAAUCUCGGGCAACAUGUCAAUAAUUAGUUACUGCAAUGGUCGGCACCAAGUAAAUAUGGAGUUACUCGAUGUAUCGCAUCAAGUAAAAUAUAUAGUAACCACAAUGUAGCGCAUCAAAAUAAAGUAAAAUAUGCAGUAACCCUAAUGCUGGUCACCAACUAAAAUAUGAAGAUACCCUAACAGCGGGUAUCAAAUAAAAUAUGUGAUAAUCUCAGUCGGGCAACAUGUAAAAUAUGUAGUUACCUCAAUGUCGGGUACCAAGCCAAUGUGUAGUUAUUAAAUGUCGGGCGCCAAGCAAAUAUGUAGUAGCCCCAAUUUAAAAACACUUCGAUGCAGGACAGCAAAAACAAUCGCUUGUUGGCUGGUUAAAUGACAUAUCCUCUUUUUUUGCUAAAUAAUGUAGUUUUAUUUCAUUUCUUUUUCUGAAAAUUGACUUUCUUAUUGUCUUUGUUACCAUAAAAAUAUCAAUAUGUUUGAAAUUAUUCUUAUCAUUUGAUUUUUUCUUGCUUUUAUGAAAAAAUCAAUAUUGUACCUAAAAUGUGUGCUAGUUAUCGUUAGCACGUAACAUUAAGUGUGUAUGACAGUCUACAUUAGUUAUCGUUAGCAGGUGAUCUUGUGUAUAUAGGACAGUCUGUAUUAGUUAACGUUAUCAGGUGAUAUUAGUUAUAUAUGACCGUCUACUUUAGUAAUAGUUAGUAGAUGAUAUUAGAUUUAUAUGACAAACUGUAUUAUUUAUCGUUAGCACGUGACGUUGGGUGUCUACAUUAGUUAUCGUUAGCAGGUUAUACUGGUUGUAUUGGACAAUCUAUAUACGUUAUUGUUAUCAGAUGAUAUUGGAUGUAUAUGACCGUCUAUAAAAGUUAUCUUUAUGAAGGGAUAUUGGAUACAUGUUACAGUAAUAUUAGUUAUCUUUAGCAGGUGCAGGUGAAAUUGGUUGUAUAGGGCAGUCUAUAUUAAUAUAUCUUCUAUAUAUAUUCUAUAUAUCAAGUUAUUAUUAGUAGGUUUAAAUUUUUUCAGUGAUAUGUCAUACUGCAUAUUAGCAUGAUGACCUUACCAUCCCGCCAAACAAUGAUUGUAGUUAUUUGUUUUUCAAUUUGUUCAUACAAUAUCUAUUUUGACAAAAAAGUAAUGGCGCGUUAUUUCAAAAACAAAUCACCUUAUACAUAUCAAUCGAACAGUUAUGGAUAUAUUAACAGCGGAAUCUUACCAGAAGAACUAUAAAGGUUGCAGACGGCAAAAUUCCUGUUUGGCGUCUGCUUCAGAAAAAAAGUAUUAUUUUCAUUGUUGCUAGAAUUGCUUAUACUUAUUUUCUUUAAUGUGAUUAAGCUAUUACAUUUUAAAUCAUGUAUUUUUAAUUAAUUUCUAAGACUUGUGAUCUUUGGACAAGUUGUCCGUCUUUACGUUUUUUUCUGCGCAUGGCUGGACUAUCACCACAACCAAACAAUGAGUUUGGUUAGCUACAUCUAGAGACAGCAACGCAAGUGUAGAUAUUUCAUUUUACAGAUAACUUUAAUGUCAUCAUAACUAAAAUCUAGCAAAUUUUUUACAUCGUUUGAUAUUUCCUUUAUGAUAAUUUUUGCUGUAUGAAUAUAAAAUGAAAAGAUACAAUCAUGACAUUAUUCGAUAGUGAUUUAAUAAUAUGUACAUCAUUGUUUCAACAUAUAAUACAUGUACGAAUUGUUCUUGGAUUAAAGCGAGCAUCAUUUCUACUUCGUGUGAA